GGCGGGGAGGGGGGGGAGCUGGAGGGAACACGAAGUGACUGAGUGGAAAUAAGGGAGAAAAAGAGGGGGCUCAGAGACAGAAGUGAGUUGGCUUCACUACUUUUGUUCCUCCCCGAAGCGCGGCUGUAGUCAGGAGGAAGAUGCUGCUGCUGCCGCGGUGGACUCCAAAAUGCGACACCGCAGUGGAAAUUUAAACUCGCCACAUUCCGUUGCUCCAGAGGCGGCCAACGGCUGCUCGGACUGACUCCUCCAAACUUUCACCAUUCACCGGAGAGGACGGGAUUUCUCCAACCCGCUCCACACACUCCCGGAUAACUUACUAGGGGGAAGAAGAAAAAAAACAAUAAACGAGUUUCUAAGCAAACGCAGAUGAUAUAAAACUCCGCUCGGAGUUUUUUCAGCUCUUUCUGGUCAGAAGCAGACCGGGUGGAAGAGAGAGCGGAGCCGCUGCUAACAGCUAACAGCUACCGCCUGAAGUUACCCGUCGACGGGGAAAAAGUGACGGAAGGAGACGCCGACCGCUUGGACCAAGAUGAAAACCCCGGGAGAGACGGGGUUUGCCUUUCCAGAAUGGGCUUACAAGCCGGAGUCGAGCCCAGGCUCCAGGCAGAUCCAGCUGUGGCAUUUCAUCCUGGAGCUGCUGAGGAAACAGGAGUACAACGACGUGAUCGCCUGGCAGGGAGACUACGGCGAGUUCGUCAUCAAGGACCCGGACGAGGUGGCCCGCUUAUGGGGGGCCAGGAAGUGCAAACCACAGAUGAACUAUGACAAGCUCAGCCGAGCUCUGAGAUAUUACUACAACAAGAGGAUCCUCCACAAGACCAAAGGGAAGAGAUUCACCUACAAGUUCAACUUCAACAAACUGGUGCUCGUCAAUUACCCCUUCAUCGACAUGGGCUCCGGCCGGGGAGUCCCCCAGAGCGCCCCUCCUGUCCCGACCGGAGGGACCCACUUCCGUUUCCCGCCCUCCACGCCAUCAGAGGUCCUCUCCUCCAGUGAGGAGCUGCGCAGCCCGGGCGUGUUCAGCACCGUGGCCCGCCGCAUGGCCCGCGGCUCCGUCAGCGACUGCAGCGACGGCACCUCCACCAACUCUGAGCUGGAGGAGGCGGCGGCGGCGGACGAGCGAGCCGUCGGGGCCGACAGAGCUUUUAGGGGGCUCCUUGCCCCCCGUCUGCCUCAUGAGUCUCUGUUCAGGUUCUACGGGGGCCACACCAACCCGGCCGGGUUAGCCAGGCCCGCUCCCAGGGUCCACCCAGACCCUCUGUCCCCGUUCCCCGUCUCCCCUCUGCCCGGCCCUGGAGGCCUGCUGGGCCCAACUCUGUCCCCGGCUCUCUCCAUGACCCCCACCCCCCACCUGGCCUACACCCCGUCCCCCUCCCUUUCCUCCCCCAUGAUGGGCUCCCACUUCUCCUUCAACCCUGAGGAUAUGAAGCACUAUCUGCAGGCCCACACCCAGUCCGUUUACAACUACCACCUCAGCCCCCGAGCCUUCCUCCAUUACCCCAACAUCGUCGUCCCCCAGCCCCACCGCCCUACGCCCGAGAAGCCCGCCACCCACCACCUGCAGGGCCCCCCCAUGCCGCACCCGCUCAGCCAACAGCCGGGAGGCGGAGAGGACGGACACCCCUCGCCGUUCAAGUUCAAGCUGCAGCCGCCGCCGCUCGGGCGCAAGCAGAGGGAGGCAGGGAGCUCCCUGGCGUCCUCCUCUUCCUCCAAUCACUCCUCCUUGUUCACCGGUUCCGGUUCAACAACAGGUUCUGCUGCAGGAGGAGCCCCGCCGAAGAUCAAGGUGGAGCCGGUCUCUGACCUGUCCGAGGAAGAUGUGGAGGUCACGGACAUCAGCGAGGAAGACGAGCCUAAUCAGAACAGCGAGGAUGAGGAGGGUGACCUGUUCCUCCCUCUAUCCCGCAGCCGCCAUCAUCAUCUGAACAACAGAAGCAGCGGCAGCCCCUCUGCUCCGCCCCCAACGCAUAUGAACCCGGAAGACGACCCCGACGACGACGAGGAGGUCUUCAAAACUCCCGCCACCCCUCCCCCCGGCAGCGGCGGCGGACUUCCCUUCCCCCUGAUCGGCCUGAAGACCGAGCCGGGCCAGGCGGCCCCCGUCAGCCCCGGAGGCACACGCUGCAUCCCGCUCAAACUGCGCUUCAAACGGCGCUGGAGCGAAGACCAGAGGAUGGAGGCGGACGGAGAGAGAGAAGAAGCGGAGGACAAGAAAGUGAGAGGCGAGGGAGAGGAAGGGAAGAGGGAGGGAGAGGAGGAUAACGGAGGAGGAAGAGGAGUGAUCCUGGGUCUGAUGCUGCCUCCGGCUCCCACCCAGCGCAGAGCGAGCUCGGAGCUGCAGAGGGCUACGGCGCAGCUGUCGCUGGAAAACGCCGGCUGCUGAGCUCCGGCCUCCUCACAUGUUCAGACCGAGCAGGAAGUCUAGCAUUAGUAAACGUAGCAGGUUUAAAUUUAACGUAAAAAAAAGGGUAAACUGAACCAUGAAUUAACUUGUAUCUGAACUCGUCCGUCAUUCGCUGGAAGAUCAGUCUGUGCAAUAACCCUGAACUCCCUAAAUUAGCUGAAUGAACAAAACGUUUUCCUCUGUUUGACGCCAUGACGCAUUAAGAGCAAAACGAGGAACAAAAUGAGCUGUCGGAGCAGAAUCGUGUUAACUUUCUAAACUAAAUGGUUCUGGUGUCUCAUCAGGCCUUUAACACUAAGAGAUGUACAAACACAAAGCGGACCCUGAUGGCAGCGGCACGGAGCUGCUCAAACCUUUCAGA